AUGUUUUAUCUGCUAGCAUUAGCUCCGAUUUUUGCUCGUAGCGAAGAAUGCCCAAACUUUUCAUCAAAUUGCGAAACAUGCCUCGGAUUAGGAAAAGAUAAAAGCUGCGGCUGGUGUUCAGAUUCAAACUCUUGUCUUGUCGGAACAUCUGAUGGACCAACAAAUGCGACAUGUACUAUAUGGACUUUUAAAUUCGAUAUGAAAUGCCAUAUUGAAUCACAAGAACCUUUACCAAUGGGCGCAAGAAUUGGAUUGGCUGUAUUUGCAGCUCUUGUUGCUCUUAUUACUGCAGUCUUCUGGAUUUGCAUAUUCCCACAUUGUUCCAACCAAAAGAAGGUAGAUAAGACUCAAACUCAAGAGGAAGAUGACGAAUAA